CGUCCUGCACACCGAGGAAAUGCGUUUCCUGAGGGAGUGGGUGGAGAGCAUGGGGGGUAAAGUACCACCUGCUACUCAUAAAGUUACAUCAGAAGACAAAGUCAAGGAAGAAAAAAGAGAUAAUAAGACAGAGGAAAACAUAAAGACGGAUGAACCAUCAAGUGAGGAGAGUGAUCUAGAAAUUGACAAUGACGGUGUAAUUGAGCCAGACACUGGUGCCCCUCAAGAAAUGGGAGAUGAAAAUGCAGAGAUAACUGAGGAGAUGAUGGAUCAAGCAAAUGAAAAGAAGGGGGCUGCCAUUGAAGCCCUAAAUGAUGGUGAGCUGCAGAAAGCCAUUGACUUGUUCACUGACGCCAUCAAGCUAAACCCUCGAUUGGCUAUUCUGUAUGCAAAGAGAGCCAGUGUCUUCGUCAAAUUACAGAAGCCAAAUGCUGCCAUUCGAGACUGUGACAGAGCCAUUGAAAUAAACCCUGAUUCAGCUCAGCCAUACAAGUGGCGAGGGAAAGCACACAGACUCCUGGGUCACUGGGAAGAAGCAGCUCAUGAUCUUGCCCUUGCCUGUAAACUGGAUUAUGAUGAGGAUGCCAGUGCAAUGCUGAAAGAAGUUCAACCUCGGGCACAAAAAAUUGCUGAACAUCGGAGAAAGUAUGAGCGCAAACGUGAAGAGCGAGAGAUAAAAGAAAGAAUAGAAAGGGUGAAGAAGGCUCGAGAGGAGCAUGAGAGAGCCCAAAGGGAAGAAGAAGCCAGAAGACAGUCUGGAGCUCAGUAUGGCUCUUUUCCAGGUGGUUUUCCUGGGGGAAUGCCUGGUAAUUUUCCUGGAGGAAUGCCUGGCAUGGGAGGAGGCAUGCCUGGAAUGGCAGGAAUGCCUGGACUCAAUGAAAUCCUCAGUGACCCAGAGGUUCUUGCGGCCAUGCAGGAUCCAGAAGUCAUGGUGGCUUUCCAGGAUGUGGCCCAGAACCCAG